AUGGAGGAGUAUUUAAGUAGGAGAUCCAAAACAGCAAUGGGGUUUCUCAGAAGAGGUUCUGGCAUAAAUCGAAGCCCUGAAGAGACAACCAGUCAGAACACUGAUGUACAGGGAAGCACUUCAAGAGUCAAUCCUAUGAAAACCAGGCUGGCUGAUAAUCAGGAGAGACCAAGAUACUUACAUGGCUCAUAUAAAUAUGCAAGCUCAAAUGUCAUGUCUGGAAGCUCUUCCAAAUUUCCUAAGAACUUUCCCCUUAGGAAAUUUGGUGAGGAAAAGCGAAGGCAGACUUUGUUCGAUGGGGCUGACGUUGCUGAAAGUAGUAGAAGAAAGUCCGAUGCCAGGUAUCUGGAGGGUAGUAAGAAACUCGUUGUAGAGAAUCAGAGUUCACAUGCUCCACAGACUGAGACAGAAAGAUUAACUGCCAAAGAUGAUGAACUGAUAGCACCUGAUCCUGAGGUUUCACAUUCUGCUGGUUUUUCAGGUAUGCAUGCACGUACAGCUGAGUCCUUGGUAAGGAGUGCUUCACUAAGUUCUUGCUCUUCGUCAUUUAGUAAUCAGCCUAGUAUACCUAGAAUUCCUAUCGCUGGUGUGAAGCCAUCAAAUAGUCUUGUUAGUGGAGAACAGAGACGUGGACCACGUGGUCUUAAAAACCUUAGUUGCACUUCAGUCUCUGAUGUUCUGCCAUCUGGAUGCUCGUCUGAUUCUGUUCGUACCAGUAGCUUUGAUGCUAUGAGAAAGAGAACUUCUGAUGGGGAAAGCUCUUCCAGAUCAAGAGUCAUAAGUGAUCCAUCCAGUUUAGGUCAUUCACAUACAAUAUAUCCUAGCAUUAGUGGUCCUAGAAUCAGAACUACCGAAGAAUCAGUUCGGCAACAAACAUUACGAAGCCGCAGUAGAAAUAUUCAGGAUUCAGCAGUAUCAGUAAGGACAAGACGGACUUCUCCUAGAGACACUAGGUUCAGGUUGUCUGAGGAAAGAGAGGAUGCCAUGUUUCAUCUGAAUGAGUCUACCGCAGGGAAUCAACAGUCAGUUGGUGCUGAUUUUUCUGUGGAAGAGGAUUCUUCAGAAAGCUCCAUAAGACCAGUUUCUGUGGAACUACCUCAUGCAAUUUACUCAUCUAGUCGUCAGGGAUCGAGUACUCGGACUGCCAGGAGAACAUCAAGCUCUCGUUUUGAGCAAAGCCCCCCACAAACAUUUCGCAGUCUGGCGAGGGAGAGAGGUGGACACAGACGCAUAAACAUGGAAGGCAUUGCAGAGGUAUUGCUAGUGCUGGAGAGGAUUGAACAAGAAGCUGAGCUUACUUAUGAGCAAUUGCGGGUACUGGAGACAAAUCUGUUACUUGGUGCCUUCGCCUCGCAUGAUCAGCAUAGCGACAUGCGGAUGGAUAUUGACAACAUGUCCUAUGAGGUAUUAUUUUUGUCACGUCUAAUUCUGACUAAAGGGAUUCAUUCAUUACAGAAGUGUGUUUCUUUGGAACUAUUAGCAUUAGAAGAGAGAAUAGGAUACGUAAGUACUGCUCUUUCUGAAGAACAGUUUGCAAAAUGUAUCAGAAGGCGUUUAUAUAGACCAGUUGCUGCAAAAGGAAACAGAUCAGUCAUAGAUGACAUCAAAUGCAGCAUAUGCCAGGAGGAGUUCGUGAAGAGCGAAGAGGUUGGCAGGUUGCCGUGUGAGCACCAGUACCAUGUGUGCUGCAUUCGCCAGUGGCUCCUGCAGAAGAACUGGUGCCCAGUCUGUAAAACUCCAGCGCUGCCCUCUCUGAACUGA